AUGAAUGACAGUUGGACUCUCAAAUAUCAUCAUGACGGUAUCCAGCAUGUGAUCGAUACCAUGACCAACCCCAGCUUCUCAGAAUCCCAGCUCGUCAACAUCAAGCAGCAGUUCGUCGCCAUGGACAAGGACGGCGAUGGCCUCAUUAGCGAGUCCGAGUUCCUUGAGACCCUCAAGAACACCAAUCGUAACCCGGAGGACUACGAUAUCCAAAAGUUCUUUUCCGAGGCUGACAAGAACAGGGACGGCAAGAUCACUUUUAACGAAUUCGCAGAUGCCUGCCAAAAUCUUGGACUUGGCAAGGAUCUCCCUGUCUCUGGCCAGCCUUCGAAGAAGAGCGCCAAGGAGGUCGAUGCCAUCUUCCGUAACUUUGAUCGCGACGGCGAUGGCUCCAUCACGGCGAAAGAGUUGCGCGAGGCCUUGGCUGCUCAGGGUGACAAGCCCUCCGAGAGCGAGAUUGAUGAUAUGAUCAAGGCUGCAGAUAAGAACAACGACAACAAGGUCGACCGCGAGGAGUUUGCCAAAAUGAUUUAGUCCCCUUCUAAUCCGUCUAUCCGUUGGGGAUGUGUACAUAAUAAAGUAAAUUUUCAACAGUC